AUGCCUCCCCGCGCCCACUCCAAGACCUCUCGUGUCCCCCGCCGACCCUUCGAGUCUGCCCGACUUGACUCCGAGUUGAAGCUCGUUGGCGAGUAUGGCCUGCGCAACAAGCGUGAGGUCUGGCGAGUCGGUCUGACUCUGUCCAAGAUCCGUCGUGCUGCCCGUCAGCUUCUUACCCUCGACGAGAAGGACCCCAAGCGUCUCUUCGAAGGCAAUGCCCUCAUUCGACGUCUCGUCCGUGUCGGUGUCCUUGACGAGUCCCGCAUGAAGCUCGAUUACGUCCUGGCUCUUAAGAUCGAGGAUUUCCUUGAGCGCCGCCUCCAGACCUGUGUCUGGAAGCUCGGUCUUGCCAAGUCUAUCCACCACGCCCGUGUUCUGAUCCGCCAGCGUCACAUCCGAGUCGGAAAGCAGAUCGUCAACGUCCCCUCUUUCAUCGUCCGUCUCGACUCCCAGAAGCACAUUGACUUCGCUCUUACCUCGCCCUUCGGUGGUGGCCGUCCCGGCCGUGUCCGCAGAAAGAAGGCCGCCGCCGCCGCCGGCGGUGAGGGUGGUGAGGACGAGGAGGACGAGGAGUAA